AACAGUUGCAGGAGCGACGCAGUAAAACUCAACUAGACGUUGUUAGAUGCUUUGUGGGUGUAUCACAUUCGGGGGAGCAAGGUCACCUGGGGGCCGGGGAUCUUUGAGUCAACUAAUUCAACUUCACUGAAAUAACCAGAAAAAAAAAGGCUAACCAGGUUAAUCAGCAACAACUGCCAGGGAUGGGGAACGAAAGAAUCUUCUACACAGACGAAGCUCUUCAUCUGAAGAGGAAGGGGGAGGGUGUAUGGAUGCCGGAGAAGGGAAAGUCAGUCCUGGAUUCCCUGCAGCUGGAUUUGGUGGAUAAGGGCAUCAUCGGAGAGGGGCCUUACUCGCAAGUUAGGAAGGUGUACUCUCGUAAGCUCAAUAGGUAUUUCGCCUUCAAGAGAAUCUCCAAGCUGAGAGCUCCCAAAGAGGCUGUUGACAAAUUCUUGCCGAGGGAGAUCACAAUAAUGCAACAACUCGCCCACGAACGACUGGUUGACAUGGAGGCUGUUCUAGUAACGGAGCAUUACACCUUCAUCCUCAUGGAAUACAUUCCGCAUGGAGACUUGACCAACUAUAUCAACAGGAGAGGUCAUCUCUGUGAGGAAGAAGCCCGGAUGCUGUUCCACCAACUCCUGGAUGCUGUGAGCUACCUCCACGCAUUGGAUGUGGUGCACAGAGAUAUCAAAUGCGAUAACAUCAUGCUGGACGAACAUUACAACGUCAAACUCGGUGACUUUGGCUUCGCUACAAUGUGCGAGGCUGGGCAGAAACUCAGCGAGUUCUGCGGCUCGUACGCUUACACUGCUCCAGAGGUCUUAGCUGGUGAAGCAUACGGCGGGAAGAAAGCUGACGUGUGGAGCAUGGGGGUGGUGCUGUACGCGAUGUUGUGCGGUCGUCUUCCCUACCACGAUGAAACCUUGGACAUUUUGAUCGAUAACAUACAUAAUCCUCAGGGAAAACUGCUCUUCCACAAGAAAGUAUCCAAAGACUGCAGAGAUUUUGUUCGUAGCAUGCUGACUGCUGACCCCAAAGCACGGGCUAGUAUCAGUAAGCUGAAGCGUAUGGACUGGUUGAACAAACCCAUCGACAUGUCCUCAGCAGACUACAAGACCCCACAAUCUUCCUUUGAGUCAGUCGGUCCCGCGCCGGCUGGCGGUCGACCCCGUCGGGCCUCCCUUGAUAUGAAUGCGGAGCAUGGAUUCUUUGAAAGUCAACGAGUCAUGGAAAAUGAAAAACAGCGACCUCACACGGUCACGGACGUUCUUCGAGCUGUAGCAGUCAGACACGCGUUUGGUGAGAGCACCACUGACAUCCACAAGCACGUGGGACUACGGCCUGGAACUCACCUGAAAGCCACUGACGUUGGUUUGACGGGGCCUGCUGGUCGCCGGAUAAGUGUACAACUCAGCCAACAAAACCUUCCGUUAUUUGCCGGAGGCGUGACGAAUAAACCAGUUGAUACCCCAGAGUCCACCCGUCGAGCUCGCCGAGCCAGCCUCAUGCCCGACCGAAAGGACAGCCUGUCCAUGCUGACCUCGACAGCGCGCAAAGGCAUCCGACGGGGCUCGCUCGCUCCAUACCAGGGCGCCUUGCGGGCCACCGGCUCCCAGAUCAUGAUGUCCAACGAGGACCUGAUGGCAUCGGCCAUCAACCUCAACCAGACCAAAGUCAACAAGGAGAUCCACGACAUGCACUACUACACGGGGGCCAAGGUGGCCAGGGCGGCCGGCGCCAAGCGCCACAAGUCGGCCGAGUGCACCCGGCGAAACUCGGUGUUCACCGACGCGCUCAAACUGCGCAGCCAACCCAAUGCACUGGAUCCCGCCGAACAAGCGCUGGUCAACCUAUUCCGAUCCAAAUGUGAAAAGAUAAAGGAUAUGGUUGCUUAAUUAAGAUAUUUCACUGCGUCUCCUGUUCUCAACUCACCGUAAUCAAGCAAAAAAAAAAAAAAAAAAAAUGUAGCACACACGAUCCACAAGACUUGAACGUUAUCUAUCAUGGAAGCUAAAACACGAAUGAUAAUUAAAAAUUGUCAGAACUGGAAUCGGUAAAUGGAAAAGAAAUCAAACUUAAGACGCGACCAUGAUCAAUUAAAAACGAAACAGUUUAAUGUAGGGUAUUUUGAUGGGUAAUUUUUGCGUAGUCCUACCAAUUGAGAAACACUCCACAAAGAAACAAAACAAUACGCCUACUUUGCAACUGCACACUAAAAGCAAAAAGCUUUUUAAUGACUUUCUCAGCAAUUAUACAAAGUCCAACGUAAACGAACUCUUUGGAUGUAACCAUAUACACACCAUGCAAUUAGGCAUAUGUAUUUUAUUUUUAUUUCCAAGGUCGACUGUAUGCACAUAAUUGCGUAAGUUUACGACUAAAAUGCAAAUUGAACAAAACUAUCUUUCCGUCCAAUGACUGGAAUUAAAAGAGUAAAAUUA